AAAUCUAUUAUUGAUUAUUUUUGAAAAUAACGAUAAGAGGCGAAAAUUCAGAAAUGAAGAAUAAAAAUUCAUAUUUUGGUUCAAAUUUAAUGAUUCCGAACACUACUUACUUCUUAAAUAUUUCAAGAACAAUGUUUCUAUAGAUCAAAACAUUUCAUUCGGAGUACAGCAUAACGAAAUGGUAAGAAACGUUCACUGCUUGUGUCUUGGGAUGGUUUACUGGACUCGAUUUUCAAAAAACUAUUCUCUCAUGAUUUGACUUGAGGGAAUAUUAUGGAAGAUUGGUUCGCAUCGCUUAAAGCUAGCUCAAACAAUCAAGGUGGUUCAGAUGAUAUUCAAAAAAUUUUAUCAGGACAUCACACUUGGCACGCAACUUCUCAUGCUCGUCCAACGUAUUGCAACGUAUGUCGAGAACAGUUAUCAGGUGUUACUUCGCACGGUUUCAGCUGCGAAGUAUGCAAAUGCAAAGUACACAAACGCUGCGUCGCAAAAACAAUCAGCAAUUGCAAAUGGACCACGUUGGCCAGCGUCGGUAAAGAUAUUAUAGAAGACAAACAAGGCAAUAUUUUAAUGCCGCAUCAAUGGAUGGAAGGAAAUCUACCGGUAUCUGCGAAAUGUGCGGUUUGCGAAAAAACAUGCGGAUCGGUUUUAAGACUUCAAGAUUGGAGAUGUUUGUGGUGCAGAGCUACUGUGCAUACGGCUUGCCGUCCAAAAUAUUCAAUACGCUGCCUGCUGGGUCCAAACCAUGUUAGUGUUGUACCUCCCACUGCCAUUCAUAGCAUUGGAACCGAUGACGCUUGGGAAGCAGUGAGACCACAUGGGUGUUCACCGUUAUUAGUUUUCGUAAAUUCGAAAUCUGGAGACAAUCAAGGGGUGAAGUUUUUACGUCGAUUUAGACAGAUUCUGAACCCCGCGCAGGUGUUCGAUUUAAUUACAAGCGGACCAACUUUGGGAUUACGAUUAUUUCGUCAUUUCGAUCCUUUUCGAGUAUUAGUUUGUAGUGGCGAUGGUUCGGUUGGAUGGGUAUUGUCUGAAAUUGAUAGACUUAAUAUGCAGGUUCAGUGUGAAGUAGGCGUUUUACCUUUGGGCACUGGAAAUGAUUUAGCCAGGGUAUUGGGUUGGGGGGCUUCUUGCGACGAUGAUACACAUCUUCCACAACUGAUAGAACGAUAUGAAAGAGCAAGUCCAAAAAUACUCGAUAGAUGGAGUAUCAUGGUAUUUGAACGAAGCAUUAAAGUUGGCGAUGGUGGCAAACUUACUUUGAAUACCGGAUUAAUGGAAGGAAGUAAUUUAGUUACUACUGCGGCCGCUUAUGAAGAUUCCGUCUUAUCACAUUUGACCAAAAUUUUGCAAUCUGAUCAACAUACCGUCGUUAUUUCCUCCGCCAAAAUAUUAUGCGAGACUGUGAAAGAUUUUAUAUCGAAAAUAUCGGACGUAACUUUAAUGCAAGGAGAUGAAGAUUUCAGCGAAAAAUGUCUGCUUUUGAAAUCAAAAUUAAAUCAUUUGCUACAAGUUUUGCAAGAAGAACAAAAACAAAUGGAUUCCGCUUUAGAAAUGGAGGCUCGUUCUAUGUCUCGAUCUGAAUCAGUUUCUGAAGAAAAAUUCUCGAAUGAAGUACAAGAGAAGCACGAACCUUCGCCGAAACCAAAACACUUAAAACUGAAAAAAGAUCAGCUUUUGUUGCGUGUGAAUAGUUUGAAACGAGCAGUUCGUCGCGUAGUCGAACAUACCGAAAAAGCUGUAGAUGAACAAAAUUUCACUAGUUCUUUAUUUCCCAGCAGUCCUGGAUCUAGAAGUGCUAAUUCAGCAGCUACUGUUAUCAAAGAUUCGCAUGUUUUGGAUGAAAAUCGUUUAUCACCGGCUUCGCCCCCGUUAUUAAUACCAAACGUGGGUUCAAUUUCUCCAUUGCCUGAUUUUCGUAGGGAUUCUUCUUGUUCGGCUGAAAUAAAUUUGGAAUCACUGCCGGUUCCGAAAGAAUUCGCUGAUUCUAGGCAUGGUUCAUUUGCUGAAACGGACGAGACGGAAAAAAGCAAGUUUUUAUUCGAAUUUUCGGAAACCGAAGCAUAUCAUUUUGUGAGCAAUAUACAGUGUCAUACGGAUAACCAUUUGACUGACGUUCUCAACGAGAUAAAAAACAAAAAGGAAAAAGAGAUUGAGGACGAUGAAGACGACGAAGAAGAGGAAGAGUAUAACGACGAAAAAGAUAACAUGUUCUAUGAUAGAACAGGUGAGUAUUAUGAAGAAGAUGACCGGAUUGAGCAUAAGGACUUUGUAGGUUCAUUAUCUGAAGAAUUGGCUAACAUUGGACAUAUUGAUUCUUCUGAAACUUCAGACGAUAGUCCUGAAGGUUCUACGAAUAAUAAAAAAGGAGGAUCGAAAUCAGUCAGCAUCAAUCGUUCCAGUUUACGAGAUUCGAUAAAAGAAUCAGAGCAUAGUUUUCCCAUUAGUAUUGAAGGCGUUUGCAAUGUAGGAUCUGAAUUAGACAUGACUAAUUUAUUCAGUACGUCUCCCGAAGAUGAUGAAGAAUGCAGCGAAGAAUACAGAAGAGAGAUGGGUUUAGAUUUUGCCAAGAGAUGUAGUAUCGCGCAUUUUAUCGAGGGCAGCGAUAUUGCUCGUAAAUCUAUAAAAUGUAGGCAUAGAAAAAAAUCAUUCGAUGACUUGGAUAAUGAAUGUAUCGCUGUAAAUCCGGAUCAAGAAAGUUCCACUGAAAUUGAUAAAAAAUCCGCAUCGUUUAACACGGUUCUAGAAAUUCCAAAAAUUCACGUAUCUGCUGAAAACGCCUCGCUUUGCGGAUUAUCCAUCAAAGAUGAUAUAAAUUUACGUAUUCGGGGAUCUCAUAAUAAUUUGGCUUCCAGUACAGAAGGUUUAUUUUUAUCGGGUAACGAUAUUAAACCCGACAGAAGAAGUACGUUAUCAGAAACAGACGACGAAGAAUACGCGAGAUUCUACGGUUUAUUGAAAAAAGGAGAAACAAUCGCAAACUCUGGAAGUACCGGUCUUACUGUGAUUAUUGACCCUCCAUCACCAGUUCAUGUGCCGGUCAAAGACGAAGCUGCGGAUCACGAACAAAAACCUCCUAACGAAAGUGUUCGGCGGUUGAGUGAAAGCUGCAGGAGAUUAUCAGCUGCUUCUCCAUUGAUGUCUGUACACUGUUCCCCAAGUCCAACUCGUAGAAUAUCAAAUAUUAGCUUAGCACUUUCUGAUUCAACAGAUCAACAGAAAGAUACUUUAUCGAAAUCAGAACAGAAAACGCUACCGAUAAUCAAUCCAUUGGUUAGACUUCCUCAGUGGCCAAAUGUCACAGAAGCUGGUAUCGUUGGCAAAGUAUUACUCGCUAAUGCUGACGCAUUAUGUGCUGCUGCUGUGCCAUUAAUGGAUCCCGAUGAAACAUUAAUGGAAGGAUUUUUUGAACGUUGCGUUAUGAAUAAUUACUUCGGAAUAGGAAUAGAUGCGAAAAUUUCAUUAGAUUUUCAUCAUAAGCGAGAAGAACAUCCGGAAAAGUGUCGUUCUCGUACACGUAAUUACAUGUGGUACGGAGUGUUGGGUAGUAAGCAGUGGCUCCAGAAAACUUGUAAAAACCUUGAUCAGAGAGUACAACUGGAAUGUGACGGGCAGAGAAUUCCAUUACCCUCGUUGCAGGGUAUUGUAGUUUUGAACAUUCCUAGUUUCAUGGGUGGUAUCAAUUUUUGGGGAGGUACCAAAGAAGACGAUAUUUUUUUGGCUCCUAGUAUUGAUGACCAUAUUUUAGAAGUUGUUGCAGUUUUUGGAACUGUGCAAAUGGCAGCUUCGCGUUUAAUCAAUUUACAGCAUCAUCGCAUUGCGCAAUGUUCAACUGUGCAAAUUAAUAUUUUAGGUGAAGAAAGUAUUCCUAUUCAAGUGGACGGAGAAGCGUGGAUACAGCCCCCUGGAAUGAUACGGAUUAUUCAUAAAAAUCGUAUGAAAAUGCUGUAUCGUGAUAAGUCGCUGGAAAGUUCAUUAAGAGCUUGGGAGGUCAAGCAACGAUGUCUGCGUCAGCAACAAAGACUUGCCAGCGAUGUGAACAAAUUAACCGACGAAGAGCUGAGCGUUUUAUUAGAUUUCAUCGAAGCAGCCUCGUCUUUGUUGAAAUAUAUAAAAUUGAUUUUGGCUCGGAAUCCAACAAUUGAAAAGGAAUUGUAUCAUUUAUCCGCCGCUGUUGGAAUUAAUAUAGAACGCGUUCAUCCGGAUAACAAGCUUUUGCCACCGCCCGAUAUGAGAGCAACAGCUACCGAAUUGGUUAAAUUAACUAAAAGACUGGUCGAAGAAACAAAUCAACUUUUAUUAGAGAAAAAUUUAGCGGCAAAAAUCGCUCCCGAAAUUCAACGUCAGUUGAACUGUUGUUUAAUACAAAUGGAAAUUGAAUUGAAAAAAUGCAUUUUUGGUGGAACGAGUUCUCAACCGUUAGUUUUCUUUAAUUCGAUCUCUCCGGAUGAAGUGGACCGUAAAUUUGUACCAGGACGUAAGAGUAGUGGCGCAUUUUGGCAACGGUUCCGUCGCGGAAGCGGCGUAUCAGUUAAUAAAUACAGUCGAAAAGAAGUAUCAUCGUGGGGUGUUCCUGAAGUUACAAAUUGGUUGGAAUCGUUGCAAUUGAAUGAAUACUGCGAAUCAUUCGCCUUACAUGACGUACGCGGACGCGAAUUACUUAAUUUAACUCGUACAGAUCUGAAAGAAUUAGGUGUAACGAAAGUGGGCCACGUUAAAAGGCUUUUAUUAGCUAUUAAGGAUUUUGGACCGUAGUUACUUUCUCGUUAGUGAUGAAUAAUUUCUAAAAUUUAGAGCAAUUAUUAAUUUCGUAGGUCUUGCAUUUAAUAAAAACCUAAAGUAUGAAGGAACUUUCAAUUUCGUUGGAUUAUUUGUAAUAUUAUUUUAAUAUGUAGUUUUUAAUAGAUUCGUAAUCUUUUGUUAGGAAAUGUAAAACAUACAUAUUUAGUUUCUAUUUCGUAUGUAUUUACAGUAUUGUCUUUCUUUAAUGAGUUGAAUAAAUUCAAAGUCUAGUCAACAGCAAUGGAACCAAAAUUACUCGAAAAGAAGAAAUUUUUGAUUUUUUUUCGACGAUUAAGUCAUUUUUCAACUUGUAAAAGUAUGCGGUUUAAAUUAUUUCGCAUUAUCGGUAUUAUUAUGGGCAAAAUGGACUAGAUAAAAAUCACGAAUUCGAAUCUGACGAUGAUUUCAUCCUAUUUUCAUGAUAAGGUUUUCUUUCUUUUUCAGUGUAAAGUGAAUUAUAUUUCUUCCUUUAAAUUUUCGAUAACGAAGCUUCAUCUUAAUUAGGCAUGCGAGUUAUUCUGCCUAAUUAUUUCGAAGCAGUAAUCUUAUAUUUUGACGUAAUAUUUUACUUUUUUUGUAUUUAUCCAGAAGUCUUCAAUUUUCAUUAUUCGUAUAUUGACUUUUCUUUCGCAAUCGCAUUUUUAAUAAUCUAUUGUCCUUUAAAAAGCAUUUUUACGAUUUACUUGUAUAUUUUGUCUUUUGAAAUUAUAUUUAUAUACGUGCAAAAAUAUUCCUAUGCAUAAAAAUAUACGUCCUUUACCAAAGUCCUUGCUCAAGGAAUAAAGUUAACUUUAUGCACAAAACAUUUAAAAGGCUGGUUUAUGAUGAAUCAUUAAAAGAAAAUGUUAGCUGAUUGUGAUUUGUCGUCUGACUAUAGGGGUAGAUAAAGAUAUCCUUAAUAUUCGGUGGAAAUUAAUUAAAUGUGUAAUUUCGUUACUUUAUGAUUUUCAGUUUAACCUAAAUCUAGUUUUUCGUGUUAGUUUUUUCCCUUUAUUAGACUAUAACAUGCUGUUUCCUCAAAUAUAUUUCAAUAUUUAGAACUUGGUUUAGGAGAAUACCUAUUAGUAAAGUGAUUGUUAAAUACAUAGAAAUGAGAAAUUUCUUGAAUAAUCGUUUAUAAACAACUAUUUUAUAGUUACCAUGAUUCAUUUUACUUAAUUUCGUAAAAAUGAUGAACGCGAUAGUAACAAUCAUUUAAUUUUAAGUACUUUACUCAUUUCUUUUUCUUCCUUUUACUACUUUUUCUAUCAUAACGCCAAAAAAAGAUACAUACGUAUGCGUUCAGAUUAAAGAUAAGUUACUAUAGAAUUUCUUAAUAAAUUUUUGUACACAAUUUUACAACAUUAUCCUAUAGUACAUAGGUAUACAAUCUGAUUUUAUUUCGUGUAUUCGGGUGACGGUUGAAAAACUGGUAUUCGCAUCGAUGAAUCUCUUAUUAUUGAACAAAAUUGACGUUUACAAAUCGUAGGAGAAAAAAUUAAAAACAAUCAAAAUAUGAUAGUCGACGUCAAUAAUUAAAGACUUUUUAACUUUAGUAUCGAAAAAACAAUUUUAAUUUAAAUUUUCAGUUUCUGUCUAGUCAUUGCAUAACGCUGAUCUUUAUUCAUCAUAUAGGUAACGACUAACGUAAUAAUUGUACGAAAAGAUCGGCCAAAGUUGUGUUAAAAAUUCAUACAUCUUCAUCUUCCGGUGGGUUACUACUGAAAUGAAUAAUGAUACAAAUGAUCAACUAUUACGCGUAGUUAAAUAUUUUCCUUUUGUUUUUAUUUAAUUGCAUUCAGUAUUACUUUGUGUUUGUCUCUAUGAUCUGUCUAUUUUUAACGUGUACUAAAAUAUCAAACAAUUUCGUUUUCAGUUUCCUGAUCGUCAUUUUAGUAUGCAAAACCAACAUUCAUUUGUGAUAUAAUUCUUUUGUUACACUUGUACUCAUUAAAUCGUUCCUAAGUUUGUUUUAAAUUUGUCUUCUUGUAAGCAAUUCUGUAUUUUUUUGUUGUUCGAAUUAAAUCAUUAUUACCCUGAA